UACUUCCAUUUCAUUGAUCGAUCAGAUUUGUUGUGGCUGUCGGUGACAUCAGAUGUUGCGGCACUGGAGUCACUGCUGAGUGGCACACUGCCGUCACUUAUGCUUUUGGAUUUUGUGCUUAUCGUUUCCAGUCUAUUCUUUCUGAGAAAAGUUGCCGUCGGUAGUCCUUGCUGCCUGGCUCGAAAAUGUGCUGAACAGCAUGCACCAGAAGUGGAUGAACUAUUCUUUCAAUAAGGUGCACACGGCAGGGGUUUGUGCAAGAGGGACCGAGGGACAGCUGUGACACAUUCUGGAGACAAGAGAAACUAAGUCCUUAGGAAGAUGAGGCAGUGCUUGUCCAAAUCAUGGACGUCACGGCUGAGACGCUAUGUGAAGCAGAUCCUCUUUAUGGUGUACUUUUCUUUGCUGGUGUUUGCCUUCUUCAACUACCGCAGUCACUGUGUGGAGACAAUGCCGAAUAUGCUCAUAGAGAUGGCUCGCCUCGACAACUCCGACGAAGGAAGGUGUAAGCUGGAUUUUGAAAAGCUUGGAGACGCAGAGGUUGACAUAUUUGGAGAGCCCAGUGAACAGAGCAUCAUCGAGGCCAAUCCAGAGGUCCAGAAAGGGGGCAAGUGGUCGCCGAGUGACUGUCGUUCUUGGCAACGAGUGGCAAUUAUUAUUCCUUACCGGGAUCGACUGCAUCAUCUUCACAUUCUGUUGAGACGACUACACCCCAUGCUGCAGACACAGAAAAUUGAUUACAGAAUAUUCCUCAUAGAACAGGCUGGUACUGACAAGUUCAACCGCGGCAAGCUGAUGAAUGUUGGAUAUCUGGAGGCUUUUCAUCAAGGUGACUUUGACUGCCUGGUCUUCCAAGAUGUUGACCUUCUUCCAGAAGACGAUCGUAAUCUGUAUCUGUGUGAUGGGUAUGCCCGUCAUCUGGCGUCGGCCAUUGAUGAAAUGAGAUACCAUGUCAUGUACUACAACUAUGCUGGAGGAGUGAUUGCCAUGAACAAGCAAAACUUCCGCCGAAUCAAUGGUUAUGCUAAUUCCUACUGGGGAUGGGGCAACGAGGAUGACGAUUUCUCUGCCAGAAUCCAGGAGUCAGGCCUUUUGCUGACUCGCCCACCGCCACACAUCGGCCGUUUCAAGAUGGUGAGACAUGCCAAGGAGACUCGCUCGGAACACGGAAAUGAGAUGUUCUUGGGAUGGAAAGCAAGAUGGCCACAUGAUGGUCUCAAUUCUUUGAACUACUCAGUGGUGCACGUCCGGGAGAAACCUCUCUAUACUCAGAUAUUGGUGGACAUUGGUCAUCCUCCAAGCAGUAUGGACGUCUAUAUGACAGAUCAUUCCAAAGAUGUCUCUCUAUGGUGGUUUUUGAAGUACUACUUUCCGUGAUGUGCCAUUUUGUGAAGCUGCGAGUGCUUUAUUAUACUGAGACAGCUCUGAAUGAAGCAGGCUGCAUCUGAUUGUAACGACUGUCAUGAAAUCCGUGUGGAUUGACAAGAUAACUUAAUGUGAAUGUGACUGAUCUAGUCUCACUGUUUUUAUAAAUGUUUCCCAGAGAAGAAGGGGCAAAAUUGUGUAUAAGAUGAUGGCGCUUACACUGUUUGGAAACACUGAGUUGUUUAAGCUUCCACCUGCCUUUAAUCCCCUCCGAUAUUCUGUCAAGCUAUUGCAUGUAACUGGUCUUGAAAGAAUGGAUGGAUGGUUCAUUCAGUUGUGAUUAGUGUGCAAAAUUUCUUGCCAUUCGGUACUACUACUUUAUUUAUUUAUUUUUUUAUGUACCACUGUAUUAUUUAUGAUCACAUCAAUAUUCAACUUUUUUUUAUGUCCUUGCUCCUGUUAUUGUUUUCACUUGACUGAAGUGUAAGCAACAUUUCCGUAACACUUUGCAGUCACUUGGUGCAAUAAUGCGUCAGUGAAAAUUAUCCGUUCCGGUCACCUGGCGCACUUCUACGUUCUGCAUCAAGUCCGAGAAGUCCGUUGCUGCCACUCUCCUGGCUGGGUGACCAGACGGGGCAUUUUGUACUUCUGGCUGGGUGACUGCAAAGUGUUGAAAGGGAUAAUAAUGUUUUCUUUUUUGAAGACUCCUGCAGAUCAAGGCUACUUAUAUUUACAGUCGGGUUAUUGUUUCUACUUAGGAUCCUCUAAGUGUUACUUAAUGGUAAUGUUCACUACUUCAAUAUUUGUACUUUUUUAGAUAGUUGGGGGUUUUUUCCACUCAAAAGUUUACUCGUGUCAAAAAGAAUUUUAUUUCGUUUUGUGAUAAUUGUACAACUAAGAUUUAGUGGUUCCCUAGCAAUAUCACUGUAGUUUCUCAUGUCCGUUUUUAUUCACUUUCAUAAAUAUCGUUGAAGAAUCAAA